AUUCUUCUCUCACAUAACCCCCUUCCCCCAACGUCCCCUUACAAAAGCAUCUCCAAGUCUCCAACCCUCCACUUUAAAAUUCUCAUUCAUACUACAACCUCACAAUUCGAAGUUCAAACCCCAAAUCUUCAAAAACCUCACACCAAACCCAAAAUAAAAAAACAACGUAAAAACCUUAAUAAUAGCAAAACCAAAACCACACUUGCAGUCAAAUGUUCUUCCUCUCUUCCCCCUUCUCUUCAUGCUUCAGAGCUUCACAACGUACCAACCACGAUCCCACAAACCUCACCACCUACAUCUACCACACCGAAUACGGCACCGUUUCACUGACAUGGUCGCGCUCCCUGCUAGGCCGCUCCCUCCACGUGAACCUCCACAACCGUUCCUCCUUCCACCUCCUCCUCAAGCCAUGGAAGAAAAACGGGUCCAAGAAGCUUUCUCACAAUACGGUCUUCCUCUGGAACCUCUCCAACGCGAGGUUCGAGUCUGGACUCGAACCUCGCUCUAGAUUCUACCUCGCCAUCGAGGUAGAACAUGGCCUCAGCCUACUCAUUGGGGACUUAUCCCCCAGGAGUAGUAAGGCCAAGAAGCCCAGCAAAACAAACCAAUUACUCGUCCUGAAGCGGGACAACGUCCACGUGGCGCCACACCGCAGCCGGGUGUACCAAACCAAAGCGAAACUCGGAGGUAAGGUUAGGGAAAUCGAAAUAGAUUGCGACGUUUACAACUGUGGCGGAUACGGGUACGAGAACGAGAAUAGUUCGAGGUUGUUGUUCAGUGUGGAUGGAGAGAAGGUUCUUGAAGUGGCGAGGCUGAAGUGGAAGUUCAGAGGGAGCGAGCGUGUGGAGAUCGACGGGGUGCACGUGCAGAUCUCGUGGGACGUGCACGAUUGGCUUUUUGAGAAGGAUAAGGAUAUUGUUAAUCAUCGUAGUAGUAACAACAACAAUAGUAAUAAUAAUGGUAUCGAGGGUCACGCGGUUUUCAUGUUUAAGUUCGAGGAGGACGAGGUACGAGGUAGUGGUGGUGGGAAAGAGGAGGAGCAACAGUGGAGUAUGGGGAGUGGUGGGGAGUGGAGGAAUGGCAAGAGUUGGUCUUCUUCGUCUUUGUCGGUGUCUUCUACUUCUGGUGGAUCUUUUGGGGGAAGUUCUUCGGUUAUGGAAUGGUCCAGUGUGGAGGAGAAUGAGUUGGUGGUUCCUCUUGGGUUUUCUUUGGUGGUUUAUGCUUGGAGAAGGUGAACACUAAUUUGGGUGGUUAAAUUUUUUGUUUAUUUGUUUUCCUUUAGAGUAAAAGUUUAGGGGGAGAAAGAAUGAAUUUAGAUUUCCAUGUGUAUAGAAAAGUAUAUGUUCUUAAUACUCUAAGAGUUUAGUCUUUAAUUAGGGCAAAAGAUAGUUUAAUUUACCCAAAACCAAUUGAAUUCAAGUUCUUGUAAUGCUUGAAUAUUUGCAUGUAUGGAAGCCUGUUUGUCGAGAGAAGUCAAAAGAUCACGAUGUACAUGGAAUAACACAUCUGUUAAGAGAAGUCAAUUGAAACUCCUUAUUAACAACGUUAGUCCCUUGAAUGGAUUUAUGAUUGUGGAGAAGAGGAUAUCUAGCUUAGACACCCAAAAAUGUUCUUGUGAUGCUAGAAUGUAAGAGAAACAAAUCAAUGACUCCGGAACUUUUUGAAUGAA